UGGGACACCCGAUGCCCCAAACCAGCUACCCGAAUUGUUUGCCGUGCCUGUAAUUACCUCCCUACCUCAGUCUUGUGGCAUCCACAGAAAAGUGACAUCUUUGUCUUGGGUGAUGAAAGUGGAAGAGUUGCACUGGUGGACACAAAGAAUCCUGAGUCUGCCCUCAGCGCUGAUGUGCACUCCCAAGGCAUCACAGGCUUUGCUUUCUCUGCACACAGUUCACCCUUACUCGCUUCCAUCAGUGAAGACUGUUCAGUUGCUGUUCUUGAUUCAGACCUCUCAGUGUUCAGAAACCGUUCUCAUCGAGACUUUGUCAAAGGCUUGUCCUGGUCUCCUUCAGAUGAUGCCUUGCUCACUACAGUUGGAUGGGAUCAUCAGGUUAUACAUCACACUGUCCCCCUCCAGCUGCUGAACCUUCUGGAAUCAACUGUGUAAAAGAAUAGUUUUAUAAACUCGCGGUCCAAGU